UCUGGCGGUGAUCUCCAAGGGAGGUCAGCGUGCUUGAGGGGCUUGCGGUUAUCAAUUAGAAAAACAGAUCCCAAAGCCAUUUGCUGGGGGCUCAGAGCACAGCAGGGAACCAUCUAACCUGGGGUGGGCACAUCCAUGGAUUUCCUGUCCAACAAGGGGAGCUGCCCAGACGGGCUGCUCAGGCCAGUGUGGGCCCACUCUCUGCCCCCAUCAGAGGUCUCAGGCCAGGCUGGGAGUCAGAUCCUCCCGGGUUUUAUUUUUCCCCUGAGCCUGGGGCGCACGGCUUGAGCUGAUGUCCUGCGAGGGGCCUCUUCACACACUGGCACAAGGAGAGGGGGACAAAGGCCAGCUCCAUGAGCAAGUCUGGCCCGAGAGCCCUCUCGAGGCUGGACAGCUCCUCAAGAAGAGCCAUCUUCUUGAAAAAUAGUAAUCGGAGCCCAGUGUAGGGGUCUUGGCAGAAAACACCCCCACCUUAUUUGUAGUGAAUGACUGUCACCCAGCACAUCACACGCCCAGGAAGGGGGUGCUCUGGAAACUGCUAAGUCCACAGAAACUGGGAAGGGACAAGGAACCCAAAGGGCUCCAUUCCCUAGGGCCUGACCAGUGGGCCUCAGAGGAACACACCUGCCACCUGCCUGCCCACUGGCCUCUCGCUGACGCCCCAGCAGUGUCAGCGAGGUCUCACCCCACCCUCCUGGGGCGGCUGCCUUAUUACCACGCCUCCUGAUGGGUUCAGAGGGGCCCCACAAGCCAGCAGAGCCUGGAUGGGCACGCUGCCCCCGGGAGCUUCCUGACCCCUGGCCCUGGCUGUGCUUACCCUGGCUUAGCCUUCCUCUGACAGGGACAGCUGCUAGGGUCCAAGAGGCAGACCCUCUGUGCUGCAGAGGAAGUGAGCACACCGUGACGUCCUUAUGGCUUCGCACAGCCCCCCAAGCUCCACAGGAGCGUGUGGGCAGAGAGUUCUGAGCCCUCCCCAUCCCAGACCUCGAGGUACACGUGGUCCUGAUCACUGGCCCUCUCAAGGUUUUCUACAUGGAAGCGUCACUUCUGACGCCACUUUCUGGUGUGUGCGGCAUCCAGCCCUGUCCCUCCUGCUGCUCACAUCUGCCUGGAGACCCUGAGCUGGGCGGGCUGAGGUUCUGUGGUGGCUGAGGGGCCUCAGCUGCUUACUCACUGCCCCAGAUGAAAGCAGACCUGCUCCCAUGCUCAGGCCACUGUAUGCACUAGGGACACCCUCUGUGCCGUAGCCGGGAUGGCCUGUCCCGCUCCUGACUACCGCUGGCCCAUGGGCCCGGAAGCUAAAGCCCUCUGCAUCCACCUGAAGAAGAGGCCAGACACUUCUUCCACACCAGCCUCCUCUGGACUGGGAAAGUCACAGAGCCUCACCGGCCGCCAUGUGGGACUGCGGCUGGCUCAACGGGACAGGCAGGAGUGAGGAGCCACCCGCCUGCCAGGACCUGCAGCUUGGGCUGUCCGUGCUGUCACUGCUCUGCCUGGCCGCAGGCGUCCCCGUCGGCUUCUGCUACAAUGGCCUGCUGGUGCUGGCCAACCUGCACAGCAAGAGCAGCAUGACCAUGCCAGAUGUGUACUUCGUCAACAUGGCCGUGGCGGGCCUAGUCCUCAACGCUCUGGCCCCCGUGUGCCUCCUCGGCACCCCUGGCUCAGCAUGGGCCCCAUGGAGUGUCAGCAGCGAGGCACACAUUGCUCUGCUGAUCCCAUUCAACGUGUCCUCCCUGGUGGCCACAUACUCCACCACCCUGCUCAGCCUCGACCACUACAUCGAGCGCGCGCUGCCACGGACCCACAUGGCCAGCGUGCACAACACCCGGCACGUGUGUGGCUUCAUCUGGGGCGGGGCCCUGCUAACUAGCUUCUCCUCACUGCUUUUCUACAUCUGCAGCCGUGUGUCCUCCCGGGUCCUGGAGUGCGCCAAGAUGCAGAGCACAGAGGCUGCUGACGCCAUCCUGGUGCUCAUUGGCUAUGUGGUGCCAGCACCGGCCGCCAUCUAUGGGCUGGUGCUCAUCUCGCGCAUCCAGAAGGCAGACACGCCACUUGACCAGGACACGGGGAGGCUGGACCCCUCAGCACACAGGCUCCUGGUGGCCACAGUGUGCACACAGUUUGGGCUCUGGACGCCUCACUACCUGACCCUCCUGGGACACACAGUCCUGGUCUCUCGUGGGAAGCCAGUGGACGCUAACUACGCAGGGAUAGUGCACCUCGCGAAGGAUUUAUCGAAAGUCUUGGCCUUCUCGAGCAGCUUUGUGAUGCCCCUUCUUUACCGCCACAUGAACAAAAGCUUCCCCAGCAAGCUUGGGCGGCUGAUGAAGAAGAUGCGCUGUGGGCGCCAGCACUGCGCCCCAGACCCCGCAGGGCUGCAGCAAGUGUUGACGUAGGUGGCCUGGGUCAGGUAGCCAAGCCCAAGGCCCUCGCUGACUCCCUCCUGGGACACAAACUAAAGUUCCGAUGGACGCAUGGCACUUUGCUACCCUGGCACUCUCGCCUGUCCUCUCCAGAAAGAGAUGCACCAAGGCCAGAACAGCACAGGGUGUUUUUCGUGAAGUUUUCUAUGUUUUUCCUAAAAGGCCACUCUCAGGCCAAGGCUGUGUUGUUCAAAGCAACAGGUUCCUGGUGUGAAGAAUCCGCUGCAUUCUUAUUAACAUGCCUGCUUUCUCUUGGAGAUGUGUGCGUUUCCCCUAAACACACACCCUAAGGUCCAGGCCCGCAGCCUCAACACCAGGCGUUCAUGAAGUGAUAAGAAUCUAAAGCCACUAUUUAUACUGUGUUUGAAUUGUUAAAAUACUUGAUUCCUCCUCAUUUCUUUGGUGUCAUAGAAAAAUGACAAGUAUUAAAAUGAAGGAAAUGCUACAAAGGCAUGUUGGUAUCUGGCUGGGGCUGGCGGGUGGGCUGGCCUCCAGGAUGUGCUGUGGGCACACGUGUUCUUAACGUAGUCCCUGAAAAAUGUGCCUGAGAUGCAGCUGGUUUUAAACUGGGAAUAAUUAAGUAGCACAACACUCUCUCCUUACCCACCAAAUGUACUCGAUAUGCCCACGGCCCCCACAGAAACAUCACUUCAAAGUGUGCACAAAACUGAAGAGUAUAAUAAACUGAGGAAAGAAAAAUGCUGUUAGGAUUUCUAACUUAAUGCUAAGGCUGAAAGGGCAUCCCCAGGGAAGAGAGGUCUGGACGGCCGGAUGAAGUGCCCCAUGAGGUCUGCUGGGGAGUGACAGGACAAGCCUGCAGCUGGGCUACCCGGGAUGGCCAGGGACCAGCAUCGCACCUGUGGGAGACCCCGUAGCCUCACGUGGGAGGUAGCCCAGGCUAGCCUAUUCCAUUAGGAGCUACACAGAUGUUAGCUGUGAGGUGGGCCCAGGUGAAGCACUCCCUUCUCCCAGACACAGAGGUGUCCCUGGUAUAAAGGUGACACAGGUGAGGCACCCCUCCCCCAGACACAGAGGUGUCCCUGGUCUAGAGAUGACACAUGUGAGGCUCCCCCUUUCCCCGGGCACAGAGGAGUCCCUGGUCUAGAGGCGACACAGGUGAGGCUCCCCCUCCCCGGGCAUAGAGGUGUCCUUGGUCUAGUGGCUGGGAUACAAAACUUGCCCUAUUUCCUGAUCCGAUUAUUAGAGAAGUUUUCAGAGUUACUUCUGACUGUCAAAUUUUUGUUUUAAGGUGUGCCAGUGUCCCAUUCCAACCUUUAAGCUGCAAGUUUGACUUUCCCUCCCGCCACUCCUUCCCAAGCACAGAGCUGGGCGGGAGGUUUGUCUAUCUUGAGACCAGGGAAGCCUUCCUGCCCCCACAGCUCUGCCUGGAACCCUUGGUGGAGAAAUGACAAACUGGCCCUGCAGAUUGCAGCUGGCACUGGCUGGCUGGCGGAUGCUGAACCAUUUGUAAUUCUCCUCUUGCAGGUGAGCAGGCCCAGGGCCAAGGGCAGCCCAGCUCUUUGGGGAGGACUGGUCUGUG